GCCUCCGGCCCGCAACACGGGCAUCCACACGGGCUCUCGUCAAGACAGCCAUGCGACUUCGGCCCUUGAACACGCAAGACAGGAAACAGGUCGAGUCGUCGGAUGAUGAUGUGAUGGCAAAGUGGCUUGGCCGCAUGGAGCAGCUUGAUCUUGACACAUUGUUUCGUCUGUUGUCUGCCGCGGACUACCUGGACAUGGAUCAAUUCGUCUUUGAGUGCAACAAAGUGAUUGACAGGAAGCUGCGCAGCAAAUCUGAGGCAGUGAGUCUUGUGGCAGCUGGUGAGUAUGGACUUCAAAGUCACUGAUGCUUUACGGUAGACUGGGGCGUAAGCCGCAUAACUCGUGGGACACGAAGCGUAUGCACACAAGACAACGUAUCGAUGACCUGGCGAAAGAGGGGCCGACUCAAAUACUGGGAAGACAGGUGCUUGUAGGACGAGGUAGUGGGAUUCACUCGCUUUACAGAGCAGACACGUGCCUCGCGUUCACGUAUAAAUGAUGGACAACAAUAGAGGGACAUAUUCAACACAGCAUGAUUAUGAGCCUGUUAGGGAUCCUGAGCGUUAUCGCGGGUCGUCUAGAACUGGGCACUAGCAGCACGCAUCUUGCCUGCAA